GUAGAAGAAUCCUCAAUGACAUGGACUUCCAGCUCUCUCUGGAGUUAUACUUCACAGAUGGAGACUUCUCGCCCGAGGAGCUCAGCUCCCUGCAGAACAUCAGCAGUCGUUCGCUCCGCUUGCUUAGCCUGAACCGAGGCAUCCACCAACACAUCAAUAUCAUGUUCGACUACUUCCACCUGUCUGUGGUCUCUAUGGCCAUCCACGCAUCCCUGGUUGCCCUGCACCAACCCCUCAUCAGUUUCCCCCGGCUAGUGAAGAGUACAUGGCUGAACCGCAACGCCCCCAGCAGAGUAAAGACUCUGUCAUCCGGCCCUGGAGAAUGUGGUGUUUGAACCAGCUAUGUCAAACAGCUGUCUGCUGAUGGCAGAACAUUCCUGGUGUCAGACCAAUGUCUGCAGCAUGCUUUCAGUCUUCACCACAGUCUCUGUGCCAGCCUACUGCUGGCCUACCAGGCCUGUUUGUACUUCACCUCCGUCAGCAAGGACCUGCCCUCCUCACACCGCAUGGAGCUAGGUAGGCCUACACUACACCAUGGUAACACCGGCUCUCUGACACUAGAAACAGUCAGUCACACACCCAUCACAUUGCAAGGUGGCUGCAUGGAGAAAAACAGUCUUCUCUCUCUCUCCCCUCCUCACGUCAGUGCUCACAGCCACCAGCAGAUGACCACAGCCAUCAAGAGUUCCUCCUACUUCCUGUCUCUACCACUUCCUGUUGCAUGUGCCGCUGACGGGGACGUCAGCUCCCUGCCAAUCAUCUUCGAGGACAGAUACCUGGACUCUAUCACGGAAGAUCGGGACGGGCCGUGGCUGGGCAUACAUAAUCCCCGGAGUGGCUCCACGUCCUCCGGUAACUCUAAGGCCAGCUCUUCCUCUUCCACUGCAGCUGCCGCAGCAUCCUUCCCCAGCCCCAUCCUGGAGCCUCGGCCCCCAACCAUGAUGGACACAACCUGGCCCGAUGACUGCCCAGACCUGCCCAAGUCAAAGACGUUCAGGUGUAGUUACUACGCUAGACGUUCAGGUGAUAGUUACUACGCCAGACGUUCAGGUGAUAGUUACUACGCUAGACGUGCAGGUGAUAGUUACUACGCAGACGUAGGUGAUAGUUACUACGCAGACGUUCAGGUGAUAGUUACUACGCUAGACGUUCAGGUGAUAGUUACUACGCUAGACGUUCAGGUGAUAGUUACUACGCUAGACGUUCAGGUGAUAGUUACUACGCUAGACGUGCCAGGUGAUAGUUACUACGCCAGACGUGCAGGUGAUAGUUACUACGCAACACGUUCAGGUGAUAGUUACUACGCUAGACGUUCAGGUGAUAGUUCGACGCUAGACGUUCAGGUGAUAGUUGCUACGCUAGACGUUCAGGUGAUAGUUGCUACGCUAGACGUUCAGGUGAUAGUUGCUACGCUAGACGUUCAGGUGAUAGUUGCUACGCUAGACGUUCAGGUGAUAGUUACUACGCUAGACGUUCGGCAAUCGGUGAAACUGAAGAAGAACGCCAAGACGGAGAGGGAGAACGCCAAGAAGCUCAUCAGACAGGGAUCCAAGGACUCUGUGGUUCUGGUGGCCUAUAAGAACCUGGGGAAGGCCGCUAACUCGGCUAACCCUUCACAGCUAACACAUGGAGAAACUGACCAGGACAGAGAGGCCCAGGGACAGGGAGAGGCUGGCCUGAAGCAGCAGAGGAGGAGAGGGAGCAGGGGGAGAGGGAUGCCUUGCUGGGGACCACUGCAGCCAGCAGCUGCCCGAUCACUACACGCCUGGUUGUACGCCACUGGACUCAGGCACAUUGAGGUCCAACCCAGUGACAAGGACCCGUACCAAGGAGACACAGUGACAGUUCUCCUGCCCUCGCACGAUGGGGAUGGGACCUCCAAAAGAGAUAUCCCAGAAAUCACCCAGACAGACCUGUGUAUGUCCGACUCUAAACACCUUGCUCUGAGAGACUGGAGGUCUGAGGUGUCUGACAGGCCUGGRGGUAGAGAGGUAAUGACAGAGGUUAGUCAGAGGCCAGGCCUGGUGCUUCUACAGCAGGUGAAAGGUGAUUGUAUCAGGCUGCCACCAGACGGAGGUGCUGCAGUCCCCAGUGCCUCCUCCCGCCUCUCCGACUCUGGUAUCGAGAGCGAGCCCAGCUCCUUCGCCAUCCAGCUGGCUACCCAGGGUGGGGCCGGAGGGCUGGCUGGGGCCCCUGAGACUGAGUUGGGCCCCCAGCAGGCCGAACGGCCCCUACUCAGCCCUGCUCCCCGGCCCGUCCAGCCCACCUCUGUCCAUAAGGGCAGCAUGGGGGCUGGAGAGGGCCUCAACCCGGAGAGCACAGUCAGCGCGGUCAGCGGCGUCCAGUCUUCCCUCACCUCCAUCAACUCGCUGCCCUCGGAUGACGAGGGGGAGGGGGGUACGUCUGUGUCCAGGGGCUCCAGCAGUGUAGGAGGAGGGGAGGCCGAGGGGCCACCAGGCCCAGGGGGAAUGAGGAAGUCCAGUGUUCUGGUACAGGAGCAACAGAGCCUGGUGUUCUAUGGAGAACCACCACUAUCUGUCCCAACACGCUGCUCUGUACCCAGCCAAACGCACCCCGAUGCUGGGAUGGGCCUCAACACCACUGCUAGUGGGGGUUCUGCUUCUCAAUAUCUGCCUCCUAGGACUUUUUCCUCAACCUCUGAGUCAACACUUAACACUGAUCCCAGGUUGUUAACAGGUUUCUCUGAGGGGGCCGUAGGGGGUCCAGGUGCCCCCCGUAGUGAGCCCCAGACAGCCUCCUACCCCUCCUCUAACUCCACCACCAGCAGCAGUGACCUGGUCAAGAAGGGACUGGUAGAAAACUACUUUGGCUCGCGCUCCAGCACAGACGUCUCAGAGAUCAGCCCUGUAGAGACGUCAGCUAUCACCCUGGGGAUACUGUCUGGAGCGGGGCCGGGGCCGCCUGUAGAGGAAGACGAGGAAGAGGACAACGAGAUGAUAGAGAACGGCUUCUACGAGGAAGGAGACGGCUUGGCGUUCGUGAACGGUGUCGUUGACGAGGAGGAGGAGGAUGAAGGGGAUGGAGGGGCAGUAGGGAGGAGUCUGUUGUUUGAACAGUUGGGACUGGACCAUGUUCAGGAGCCCAGGGGUCUUCCUCCAGGCUAUGGUGCCCCUGUCCGCUCCCCCCUGGCCCCCAGCUCAGUGGGCUCUUCCCAGGGGAGACCUCUAGUCCCUACCCCCUCCACCUCCCUCACCUCCAACAGCCUGCGCUGGUAUGACAGCGCCCCCACACCACAGAUGAAAGCUUUUGUUGCGGCCAAAGAGGAGUUGAAGCAGCUGAGACUACCAGGGUUCCUGUACAGUGAGGUGGGAGACCUGGCCUCCAGUGUUCCUUACUUUAGCCUGGAGGAGGAUGACAACUGUGACGAGGGCAUCCACCUCAUCGUCUGUGUCCACGGCCUCGAUGGUAACAGUGCUGACCUGCGUCUGGUGAAGACCUACUUGGAGCUGGGCCUACCUGGAGCUAGGAUAGACUUCCUCAUGUCCGAACGCAACCAG